AUGCGAGCCUGGAGACACACUUCCACUGCGCUGCCUCUUGAAAAGGGCAUGACGCUUGUGGAAGACGAGCCCUAUCCUUCCGGCCCUCUCAAGCCCAACCAAGUUCUCGUUAAAGUCAAGAGUGUGGGAGUCAACCCAGCAGACCCUACCUUCGCCGAGCUGGGCUGGCUGGCCAGAGCUCUUAUUAAACCCAGUCCAAUCCCUGGUAUGGACUUCAGCGGCGAAGUGGUGUCGACUGGAAGCAAUGUUACGUCUUUGAACCCAGGCGAUCGCGUUUUGGGCAGAGUUGACACGCAAAAGGGCCAACCAGGCUCCAUGGCGGAGUAUACAAAAGCCGAGAUUGAAGGUUGUGUGCCAAUACCACCUGGCAUUGACUGGGACCAGGCCGCGGGCGUCGGCACUGCAGCCAUUACCGCCUACGAGAGCCUGGUGCUGAAUUCAAAACCUGGCGAUUCGGUCUUCAUCAAUGGAGGUACAGGCGGUGUCGGAACCUUUGCCAUCCAAUUUGCGAAAGCCCAUGGGUGCAGGGUGGUGGUGUCAUGCUCAACCGCCAAAGCCAAUCUUUGCAAGGAACUUGGUGCUGACGAGGUAAUUGAUUAUCGAACGGAGGAUCUAGUGUCUGUCUUGAAGGGAAAGGGCAAGGUUUUUAACCUGGUGGUUGACUAUGCGUAUCGGGAGGAAACGAACCUAUACAAGGCUUCGGAUGACUUCUUGACCGAUGGGGCAACAUAUGUCAUGGUGCCUGGUGGGUUAUCGGGUGCAAUAAUUAAGACAGUCAGCAAACACACGCUCUGUCCUUUUAUGUUGGGUGGUGGGAGAGCCAAGUUCAAGGCAUAUUUCGCAAAAAGCAACCGUGAGGCUUUCCAGCAGAUAUCCGAAUGGAUGGCGGCUGGGAAAGUCAGGACCGUUAUUGAUUCCGUUUUUGAGUUUGAGGACAUGCCCAAGGCGAUUGAACAAAUCAAGUCUGGAAGGAGCACAGGGAAGAUAAUAGUCCAUGUAUAG